AUGGCCGUCCGAUCCUUCCUGUUGGCGCUGGUCGCCACUGCCGCUUCCUUCGUGGCCGCGUGCGCAGAUGAGGUGCCCGCCUCGGAGCUGCCCGUGUUCUUCUUCCAUGGCGUCACGGGCAACGCCACCAACGGCCGCAACAUCAAGGCCAACCUCACCGCUGAAGGCCGCGUCUUCGUGGGGCUGAACUUCUGCGAGGCCGAAUGCUCGACCCAGUCGGUGACGGCCCAGAUCCCGAUGGCCAUCGCCCAGAUCCGCAGCAUCGUGCAGAAGGACUCGCGCUUCGACAACGGCUACCACUUCGUGGGCCACUCGCAGGGCGGAGGGCUCGCUCGCGCCGUGGUGGAGAACAUGAACGACCACAAGGUGCACUCGCUCGUGAGCCUGGCCGGCGUGCAGAAUGGCAUGUUCUACGGCCCGCAGGCGGAGGACGUCGUGCCACUCUACAUCAUGGUCAACACCCUCGGCCCGCAGCUGCUGACCACCGACAUCUUUGACUUCUCCAAGUACACGACGGCCGACUGGCGCGGCAAGAUCCAGCACGACCUCGCUGUCCUGGACGCCAACCAGACGCUGCAGGCCAAGUACUCGCUCAUGAACAUGAACCGCGAGCCGACCGACGCCUACUUCAUCGAGAACAACAAGUACCUCCCGUACCUGAACAACCUGAACAAGUGCAACGCCACCGACGCUGCGUGCGAGAACGACAAGCUCCGUCGCAAGGCCAACUUCCUGCGGCUCAAGGCGGCCCACUUCUUCGCCAGCCCGAACGACGGCAUCGAGACCAAGUUCGAAGAGUUCACGGUCAUGAAAAUGGAGGACACCGUCGAGUACAAGGAGGACACCUACGGCCUGCGUUCACUGGACGAGCGCGGUGGCCUGCACCGGACGACGGUAGCCAACGUCUCGCACAACUGCUGGAUCGUGGACGGCUACAUCUACCCGGCCCUGCAGUGA